CCCGCGGGAUCCCGGCGACGCGUCCGACGCGUCUGCGAGCCAGGGCUGCUGCGUUCUUCUGUCUAUCUGUCUGUCGGUCUGUCCUCGGCGGGCGAGGUCCGAGCUGGGGCGGAGGCAGGACGGUCCCCUCCUUUCCCUCCCUCCCUCCCUCCUGGGAGCCGGCAGGGAAGGAGCCAGCGCGGGGAGAUCACGGUCUUGAACACCAGUGGGGUGGGGCGUGCCCACGGCCCCCGCCCCCCCAGGGGUCCCCCAGACUCUGCUUCCAGAGCAGCGAUCUCUGCGCUCCGCCCCCUUCCCUGGGAGAUCUGUGACCGCUCGGGCCGGCCAGGAGAGGGGACAGGGGUGCAGGGGUGCAGGGAGCCCCUACAGUGGAGCCGUCGUCGGGAGGGGCGGAACCGAGAGUCAGCCAGGAGUGAGGCACGGGGUCUGAGACGCAGAGCUGAGCGCGCAGUGAGCAGCAGGCUGGGACCGGGGCCUCCCGGGUGACAAGGCCCUGCGUGGCGGACAGAAGCAACCACAGAGAAUCGGGGAAAGGCAGGAGGACCUAGAGGGGCAAGCGCCUCACUCCCGCACCUGCACCGAGGGGACCGAGGAACUAAGAGCACAUCCCCCGCCCCCCACACCUAGGACAGACGUUGCCUUGAGCGCACCCCUGUGUGCAACAGCUGCGCUCUGCGGGAAGGGGGUCCUCGCUGCUGCGUCUGGAUGGCCACCCAUCCCCCUAACCCAGGCCUCUAGGCCUUGGAGAGGAGCCCAGCUGGAAAAGAGGCCACACUCCUCGCCGCCCGCCCUGGAGAGAGAGGACGACGCUUCCCCGGUGCUCCCAGGCCCAGGAGGAGCUGGGCCAGCAACAGCGGUGACCUGGCCCCCCAGGCGGCAGCGGCCAUGUCACGGCCAGGCCAAGGUGUGAUGGUCCCGGUGAACGGGCUGGGCUUCCCGCCGCAGAACGUGGCCCGGGUGGUGGUGUGGGAGUGGCUCAAUGAACACAGCCGCUGGCGACCUUACACGGCCACCGUGUGCCACCACAUCGAGAAUGUUCUUAAGGAGGAUGCCCGGGGCUCCGUGGUCCUGGGCCAGGUGGACGCCCAGCUGGUGCCCUACAUCAUCGACCUACAAUCCAUGCAUCAGUUCCGUCAAGACACAGGCACCAUGCGGCCAGUGCGACGCAACUUCUACGAUCCGUCGUCAGCGCCGGGCAAGGGCAUCGUGUGGGAGUGGGAGAGCGACGGCGGCGCGUGGACGGCCUACGACAUGGACAUCUGCAUCACCAUCCAGAACGCGUACGAGAAGCAGCACCCGUGGCUCGACCUCUCGUCGCUCGGCUUCUGCUACCUCAUCUACUUCAACAGCAUGUCCCAGAUGAACCGCCAGACCCGCCGCCGCCGCCGCCUGCGCCGCCGCCUGGACCUGGCCUACCCGCUCACGGUCGGCUCCAUCCCCAAGUCGCAGUCCUGGCCCGUGGGAGCCAACUCGGGCCAGCCCUGCUCGUGUCAGCAGUGCCUGCUGGUCAACAGCACGCGCGCCGCCUCCAACGCCAUCCUGGCCUCGCAGCGCCGCAAGGCGCCCAUUGCGCCAGCCGCGCCUCCAGCGCCCCCAGCCUCUCCGUGCCCCGCCCCCAUCGACUCCUUUUCCUCUCAGCCCCCUCCUCCCUUCUCCUCCUUUGCCAUCUUCCAGCUGGGCGACGACAUUCAGGAUAGCUUCACCUCUUCAGCCUCAGUUUCCCCACCAGACACAGAGAGUCCCACCCCACACCUGUCCAGGGCUGUAAGAAAUCCUUACACUUAUCAGAACCCCCAGAGAGAGGAUGAAGCAACAGACGCCGCCGAGUUGCGGCCCAGCUUCGACUUCCUCUCUGGCUGUGUGACCCUAGCCGAACCCAUGGCCCUCUCUGGUCGUAAAAACAAGCCAGAUCCUUGCAUCGAGUGUUGGGGCUGGAGUCCAGCAGAGGCUUCCUCUCGUCCCCACAGUGUUCCUGCACUUCCUGUGAAGAACUUGAAUGGCACCGGCCCUGUCCACCCAGCACUGGCCGGGAUGACGGGGAUCCUGCUGUGUGCAGCCGGGCUGCCAGUGUGCCUGACUCGAGCCCCAAAACCCAUCCUGCACCCGCCCCCUGUGAGCAAGAGCGACGUGAAGCCUGUUCCUGGAGUGCCCGGCGUGUGCCGCAAGACCAAGAAAAAGCACCUCAAGAAAAGUAAGAACCCUGAGGAUGUGGUUCGGAGGUACAUGCAGAAGGUGAAAAACCCACCUGAUGAGGACUGUACCAUCUGUAUGGAGCGGCUGGUCACAGCAUCCGGCUAUGAGGGUGUGCUCCGGAACAAGAGCGUGCGGCCCGAGCUCGUGGGCCGCCUGGGCCGCUGUGGCCACAUGUACCACUUGCUCUGCCUGGUGGCCAUGUACUCCAACGGUAACAAGGAUGGCAGCCUGCAGUGCCCCACCUGCAAAGCCAUCUACGGGGAGAAGACGGGGACGCAGCCUCCAGGGAAGAUGGAAUUUCACGUCAUCCCGCACUCGCUGCCCGGCUUUGCAGACACCCAGACCAUCCGCAUUGUCUACGACAUCCCCACGGGCAUCCAGGGCCCUGAACAUCCCAACCCAGGCAAGAAGUUCACCGCCAGAGGCUUCCCUCGCCACUGCUAUCUACCGAACAAUGAGAAAGGCCGGAAGGUGCUGAGGUUGCUCAUCACCGCCUGGGAGCGCAGACUCAUCUUCACCAUCGGCACAUCCAAUACCACGGGCGAGUCGGACACCGUGGUGUGGAACGAGAUUCACCACAAGACGGAGUUCGGUUCCAACCUCACUGGCCACGGCUACCCCGACGCCAGCUACCUAGACAACGUGCUGGCCGAGCUCACCGCCCAGGGCGUGUCUGAGGCCAUGUCUAAGGCCUGAGGCCUGAGUUGCCUGCCUUUCCUCUUGCUUUGCCCCUAGCCAGGCAUAGGCCUCCCUCCAGCAGGUGGGAGGAGCCAGAAGCGCUAAGGGGUUCUGGCCGGUGGCUGUAGGGGGGUGACAGGGGAACGCCAGGCCAGCUGGCUCCAACAACCUGUGGCUCCCAGCAAGGGCAACAGAGACAGUAUGGCCAGAGAGGGCAACCUCCCUAUGGAAAAGAUGAAGCUUUGCCCUUCACGCCACACACACACACACACACACACACACACACACACACACACACACGUCCUGUUGCACGCACACGCACACGCUCACGCACGUACACCCACGUGCCUCUGACUUCCCCCCUGUUUGCAGGGGAUGGGGAGGAAAAGAGACAGAAAGGUUCCCAUUGACAACACAUCCCGUGGAUCUCCCACUGUGUCUCCAUCACAUCUAUGUAGGCUCGUCCCCUUCCCAGGAUUUGGGCCAAGCCCUGGGGGAACGGGGAGUCUGUAAGGUUUCCAGGGGCCGGUCUGCCCCUGCGCCUCACCCUCUUAACCCAUGCCAGCUCUGCCACCUGCCUGCCCACUGGGCACUGCAAGCCAAUGGGGUCGAAAUCCCAGGCUACAGAGUCGCUUUUCGCGGGCCACUGGGGACGAGGCUAUCUUAUUUUGUGCUUGUGUCUAUUUAUCUUCCUGGGACCCCCACCCCAUCCCACCCUCUUCCUCCUGUGCCCAUCUCUAGACCUCUGUGUAUCCCAGGCAACGGCGUCAUUCUUGCCUCUCUCUAUGCCGGCUUCUCCCCCACAAAACCGCUCCGGACAUUUGAGACCCAAAAGCUGUAGCUUCUGGCUUCAGGAGCGAGGGGAGGCCUUGUUUCAGGCCCACGCGUUGAAAAUGGAGAGCAGGCGGCAAAGUGUUAAACUUCUCGCUCCUUGGAAGUGGGCAGUGGGUGGCUGAUCGUCUCAGGCCAACCAGAGGCCCGUUGCCCAGGCAACUCACCAGCUCCGCCUCUGAGGAUUGGCUGCUGCGAUGGAAGUCAGCCAAGCUUUAAAGGGACGCCAGCGAUUGCUCUUUUGAAAGGGAAAAAAAAAAAUCUACCAGUCCCACUGUGGGUGGAGAAAUAAAUGGUCUUUCUCCUU